CCGAGUUAAUGGUUUCCCCAUGGAGAACUUUCGAUCCCAUUCUUCUCUCAUUAUUGUCCUAUUUAUGCUUUUGUCUCUUCGAGUUUUUAUCUCCAGGGGAGGGUCAGAGAUAAUGGGGAUUUUGGCAAGCAGAGGAAUUGAAUAUGAGGACAGUUACCGUUCCUUUUCCGAGAGAGAACGCCAACACCUCUUGUCACUUUUUAAUCAGCUGGCUUCUGCAAACGAACUCGGUGUUAUGAAGGUUGAAUUUGAACCUUUCAAGAAUCAUUUGGCAUGGCUUUUACCAGAGUGUAUCAUCAACCGUUUCUUCAAAGAGAUGUGUAAUAUUCAACGAGCUCGCAGAGCAGUGAAAAAUCCCCUGGAAGAUGGUCAAGUGGGCAGGGUGGCAUUUUUUGUGUCAAUGUCUCAUGUAUUUAAGAGGAGCAGAGAAGAGAAAGCACAGAUAUUUUACCACUUAACUGCUGAUGUUGACCAAGUAGUCACAAGUGUUGAGGUUGAAGACCUCUGUAAAACGUUCUUAGAUGCCUAUGUUGUGGCAUUGAGAAAAACUGCUGAUGGUGCAAAAUGGAACCUGUAUACUAACUUAGAGGCAAACCAGAGAUUUGCCAAAAAUGCUAUCCAAGAACUUUUAAAGAAGAAAGCAGAUCCUAGUUGUGUUUCACCAGAGGAGGUUAUUUCAUGGUUUGGUAAAUUUCCGCUGAUAGAAAGAUUGUUUCUGGCUGUUAUGAGGGCUGGUUGCUUUGAUGUAGAGAGUCUUUUGGAAGCAAAGCCUCAUGGGUUAGAGGAUGGUUGUGAAGAGACAGUUGCACAUGUACAGUAUGACAGGUCACACAUAAUAAUGCCAUGCAAGUUUGAAGUGGAUUUCAGUAAAAUUGAUUCACUUUUGGACAUUCCAUCUAUCAUUCUUCUUAAUCAUCACUUGCCUGAAUCUUCUCAACAUCGAUGGCGUCUGCUAUUUUCUACUCAAAUUCAUGGUGAGAGCUUCAGUGCUUUUAUUCAUCAAAUUACCAAUCAAGGCCCUGUGGCUAUUGUAGCCAGAGACACUGGUGGACAUAUUUUUGGUGGGUUUGCUUCAGUUGGUUGGUCUAUAAAGUCUCAUUUUGUAGGUGACAGUUACUGCUUUUUGUUCAGCCUAAAGCCUAAAAUGAGUGUAUACCAUCCUACUGGUUACAAUGAAAACUUCAUGUAUCUGAACAUGGGCAUGCAGACAAUGCCUAAUGGAUUGGGUAUGGGAGGCCAGCUAAACUACUUUGGAUUUUGGUUGAAUGAAGACUUUGGUUCUGGACAUAGUCGAGGGCAGCCUUCCUGCACAACGUAUGGUAGCCCAGUACUCUCUGCAGAAGAGGAGUUUAAGCUCGACAAACUGGAGGCUUGGGGUGUGGGUGCACCACCAGAAAAUGAGCUAGAGAAAAAAAGUGUAUUGGAUACAGACAUUGAGGCCAAGGCUUUCUUGGAAGUCAUUGGUAAAAAGAUGCAUAGUGAAGGAUUUAGAGAGCCGGAUACUGAUUAAGAAAUGUUUGAGGUGUUGGAACUAUACAAACUGGAUGUCUGAAUACAGUUUCCUUCUUGUGAGUCAUCCUCUGCCUAUGCUUUCGAUGGGGUAAAGCCUUGACAAAGCUGAUUUGCCAGGAAGUUUUUCACUCAUGCCUUUAUCAGAUCUGAUAGAGAAAGGUUUGUCCUAAAAGGCUUGUAGUAAGGGAGUGCUUACAGUCUUCUGUUUCUAUACAUCUCUCUUCAUUUGUUGAAUAGUUGAGAGAAGGUUUGAGUCAAAAGGAAAUUAUGAUAGAUCCCAAAGUUAAUUUCUCUGUUAAACUCUUUGGCUUUGAAGUGUGUUACAUCAUUACUGUUUGUCAAGCACUUUGUCUCUAUGUUUUUCAGUCUUUCAGUCCAGUUUUGAAUUUGGUUGUGUUACAUUUAUGAACAAGCAAGUAAUUGAAAAAUGACUAUUGUUUAAGCUCUCAAGGCUGUAUGAUUCUUGUGUAUUAAAAAUUUUCAAAUCUUGACACGUACUCAUAUAUACUUGUAAAAAAUGAAGGAUGGAGGUUUUACUAGCUAAUUACAGGUGCUUGUGGGAUUAUGCUGUAUUUUACCAAACAUUGUUAAUAAUGACAAAUUGUACGGUAUCUCUUGUCCUAAGGGCAGUGAUAUUAUUGUAAAUAAAGAGAAGAAAAGAAAGAUUAUGUACAGGAAAUAUUAUCAAAGUGGAUUUCCAUUACUGGACUAGUGUCAUUCUUUGUUUAAGAAUAUCGCUUUACACUGUACAUUGAUUACAGUACAUGUAAUGGCUUGAUAAAAUGAAGAGUAUAUUUUGACAAGGAUAUAUAUUAAUAUAAACCCUAGUGGUAGUUGAUAAAAAUGAAUGUACUGUUGGAGUCUAGAUGAACUCAGAAUGGAACUCGAACAAGCAGCAGCUGGAUUCUUUCCAGCAUUCCAAGUAAUGCUUCCCUAAAAAGGGUUGGUAGGUCAUAAAAAAAUGAAAUAAAAUUAGUUAAAUUUA